AUGGCGAGCGUUUCCUUGCCCAGCGGAAAACAGCUGCUCUCGCAGGGGGAAUUUGCAAAAUGGUGGGAGGAGCAGCGCGAGCUGCGCGAGAAGGGUCUUUGCUUUUUCGAUGCGCUGAGGAAGCACCUAGCACAGCUUAUGGGCCUCAGUUUCAGGCAGUUGGGCUUGGCGGGUGGCACUGCGACUUUGGGGCCGGACAGCCCUUGGGACAACUCGCGGCCACUUGCGGCGGUAGUGCGGCAGCAGAUGCAGCUCAGUCAAGCGGACUAUGCUGAGCUGUUGGGAGCAGCUGACGUUGGGCAUGAGGAGAAGGUGCUUGAGUUCUUGGACAUGCCGUGCCAGCCUGACCCAGAUGAUCUGUUCACCACAUCAGCUUUGCAUGUUGCUGCUGGCCGUGGGAAUUUGCAGCUUGUCCGCAGCUUGCUGGAAGCUGGGGCGGACAAAGACCGGGAUGAUGGUGGCCAGUAUUUCUUUGGUGACAACUUGCGCCUGAGCAUGACUCCAUUGGGCAUUGCCGCUCUCCGAGGACAGGAACAGGUUGUCGAAUGCUUGCUGGGAGCUGGCGCUGACGCCAAAAAGGAGGACGACCACGGGAAAACGCCUUUGACGCAUGCUGCCUGGAAUGCACGCAUGACAAUAGUGCCGAUGUUACUUGCAGCUGGCGCUGAGUUUGACCACAACAACACAGAUUUGAUUGGUGCUGCGUCGUAUGGGCGCACCGCAUCUGUCCGCUGCUUGCUGAUGGCGAAGGCCGACCUGGACGUGGCGCGCCCGGACGGAGGGACAGCGCUGGCCUGCUCUGCUGGCGAAGGGCACUGGGAUGCUGUCCAUGUCCUGCUAGCGGCGAUGUCAGGGCAGGAGGACGCCGAAACCAAGAUCCGCGCCGCCGCCGCCUUCGUCGAGUCCAUCGACAAGCCCGCGCACGCCCGGCGACUGCGGCUGCUGCGCGGGGCGAAGGUAACGGUUCGGGCGAAGCUGCGGAAGCUUUGGCUCAAAAGUCGAUAG